GUUCAAACAAUAGUACAAAUUUUAAAAUAUGUGGCACCCCAAGACGCGGCAACAUCGUCACACAUAUUUUGCCGACGUACAAGUUUUCUACCCGCGUGGAUAACGAAACGGAAAUGAUUUGGAAACUGUUGAAAAUUCACGGACUACAAAAGAUGGAUCACCACGCAAUGGAUAGUCUACCCGUCGAUGGAGGAUUGAGCGUCUUCGAAUCACGAAAAUCUGAAAUGUUAAGGCAAUUUCUACUAACUCUUUCCGAAGUGGAAAUUGUAGCGCCACUGUGGCGGUCUCUCUUCAAAGAAAGAAAAGCAAUAUUCCCUGCAUUCCAUUGCUGUCAACAGUUUUGGUAAUGAACUUUACCGAUCCGAAUAACAAACUUCAGGUGCUCUCAUCACUAUCAUAGAACGGCUGAAUUUUCAACAGCGCAUGCCCGCAAAGUUUUUUAACAUAUGCGUAACCUCAAACCGAGAGCAUUUUUGUGAUGUGUGAUCCACUUCCGUUUCGGAAAAAAUAAACAUUUCCAUCAAUGUCGCUUUUCAAAAAGCCGAAAAGAAACAUAGUGCAGCGCAGGGUAUUUACUGAAAACGAGGAUGACGAUGACGAAUCCAUGGACUUUCAGGAGACGGUGCAACCUGAAAGGAAACCUAAGAAAAAAGAGAAAGACAAAGAUAAAUCGAAGCCUAAACAAACUUUGCUCAGCUUCGAUGCUGAAGAAGAAGGUGAAGUCUUCCAAGUGAAGAAGUCUUCCCACAGUAAAAAAGUGUUACGUAUGUUCGAGAAAGAAAAGAAGAAGAAAGAAGCCAAGAAGGAAGAGAAGGAGGAACCAAAAGCUAAAGACAAAACAGAGAUUGUCACUGAUGACUUGGUGCUUGUGGUGAACGAGAAUCACAAAAAACCGAACACUCCUCCCACAAUUUUGAGUGGGAGAGAUGCUUUGUGUGCAGGCAAAGAUGAUUUAUCAUCAGAUGAGGAUGAGGAACCAUCUCACCGUUUUUCUAAACCAGACAACUUUAAAAAGGUGCUCGAGUCAGGUGCUAUUCCUGAUGCUGCUAUGAUUCAUGCAGCAAGAAAGAGAAGACAAAGGGCUAGAGAAUUGGGAGAUUUUAUACCUACAGAAGAAGAUGACCAACAACCUGAGGAUAAGGGACGAUUAUUAAGAGAAGAUGAUAAUGAAGGAAGUGAUGAUGAGAGAAUAGACAUGGAGGUUAAUUUAGCUUUGAGAGACCAGGAAAGAAGAAGGGAACAGUUUUUGGCAGCUCAAGAAUCAGAACAAGAGCUAGAUGAAUGGGAAGAUCAGCAAAUCAGGAAAGCAGUUACAGGUGCGGCAAUGGAAGCGGCCCGUGAACUCCUCUACCCCCCAGAAUGCCCACCUGCCCCCCGUAUCAGUGCUCCUGUUCUAUCAGCUGCUACUGGUGCACCAGUAGUGGCACGCACCCCUCAGGCAAUCGCCGCCUCCCUGCGUGAACACCUGGAGGCGGCCAUGCAGCGUAGAGAUGAGCAUCAAAGAAGGUUGGAUGAAGUGGCGGUGGAGGUAGAGCGGCUGAAGAUAGAGCUAGAAGAUACGAAGGUAAAAGCGCCGGAGGCUGCUGGGAGGUUCCAGUUUUAUCAGGAGCUCAGAGGAUAUAUUACUGAUCUUGUGGAAUGUUUUGAUGAAAAAGUGGGUAUUAUUGCAAGCCUUGAACAGAGAGCCUUGGACCUGAUGGCACGGAAGUCCGAAUGGCUUAUAGAAAGAAGACGGCAAGACGUGAGGGAUCAGACUGAAGAGGCUGCAAAUAAGGGAGGUCUACUGAGGAAAGGUCCUGAAGAUGAAGAAAAACAAAGGAGAGCAGCUGAAAGAGAAGGCCGAAGAACUCGAAGAAGGAGAGCCAGGGAAGGUUCAGGACAGCCAAAACAUGUGGAAGGGAUGUCCAGUGACGACGAAAUUUCUCAACAAGAUGCGAUGAACUUCAUAAAGAUCGCGAACAAAUUGAAGCUGAGCUAAAGGAAGUAUUUGAUGAUGUAGUAGAAGAAUAUUCAUCAGCGACCAACAUACUUAUUAGAUUUGAGGAAUGGAGGACGAAUGAUCUAACAGCUUACACUGAAGCGUACGCCACGUUGUGUUUGCCUAAAGUUAUCAGCCCUUUGGUUAGAAUGAAUUUGGUGUUUUGGGAUCCACUCAAUGAAACGAUGGACCUAGAAAAGUUGGACUGGUACAGAACACUGGCUUUAUAUGGACUUCAUGAUGAUGAAACGGAAGAAAGUCUUGCAAAAGAUCCAGAUAUAACGUUGUUGCCUACAAUCGUGGAAAAAGUCAUUAUACCAAAACUUACACACCUUGUAGAUAGGUGUUGGGAUCCACUGUCCAGCUCCCAGACCUUGAGACUAGUUGGAACGGUGAACAGAUAUAUUCGUCGAUUCCCCACUUAGGUCCCGCCAGCAAAUCUUUGAACAACCUAUUCAACGCCGUUUUGCACAAAAUCAAAAUAUCCCUGGAACAUGACGUUUUCAUUCCUAUCACUCCCAAACUGUCUGAAAGCAAAUCUCCGUUCUUCCAAAGACAAUUCGCCGGUGGUUUGAAACUCUUGAAAAACAUCACUAGCUGGCAAGGCAUUUUGAACGACAACACGCUCAAAGACUUGGCGUUGACUUCUUUGCUCAACCGUUACUUGCUCAUGGCUAUCAAGUAUUGUCAACUGGUGGAUGCUGUGCAAAAAGUGAGGUUAAUCAGUCUGGUUCUGCCUAGAGUGUGGUUGCAAGGUGGUACUGCGGAAUUCAAGAUGUUCACGGCGAGUGUCAUGAGUUUGCACCAGCAGUUGGACAAGGAUAAUCCGCUGCAUUUAGAGUCGAUUGAAACGCUCACUGGAAUUUUGAAGACGUUAAGGUCUCAUAGGAUUGAGUGAAGUGUGUUUUUUGUUGGGACUUGGUAAUUUUAUAAAGUUUAUCGCUAUCCAUAUCUCAAUUGAAGGCUUUGGCGCAAAAAGUGUUAACUCAGAUUUUAUAGUUUGGAGAUAAUUGGCCUCAAAGUUUAAAUCCUGAUAUUUUUUAUUGAAUAGUGUUAGGGCUGCUUUAUUGUUGAAGGUUAUUUUAGACACUUAUAAAAGUAUCUCGAAUAGACAGUUUUGUUAAAAGAAAUUGCGUUUUAUUAUCAGAAAUUUGAAAAAGGUUGUUGAAAAUUUGACUAACACCUUUUUAACAAACUGUUCUUUGCUUGAUCCGGAAAAUGAAAGUAGCAGAAAGCUGUUAUUUAUUAAAAGUAAAAAUUGUUCUUUUUUCUUAUUAUGAACUCACAAAAGUAAUAAAAAAUAAUCCGCUCACUGUAAUUAAUCGCCUCUUCUUAAAUUUUGAUAAAAGCCUCUAAAAUUUGCUGGUAAAUUUGUUCCUGAAUAUUAUCAAACUUUUGGCUCUAAUAGGUCGGUUUCUAUCGACAUUCAAUAAUAAUGGUUCAUUUUCUACUCUUCUAUCGAGAUUUCGCUGUUUUUCUUAUACCAACAAUAGUUUAAUUUUCCGUUUUAUUAAAGAAGUAUCUGUACUUGGUUACACGAAAUUCUUCAAUCUGGAUCCAUCUUACAUCUCUGAAUGAAAAUUUCUCAUUAGUUGUUUUUUUUUUCUAUCGACCAGUUCAAGUUUUCUUGGAAGUUCUUUAAUAUGAUCAAAUUUGUCCGCCAUUCUUUUAAUAUUAAAAGGGGUCUUUUCCUGGCUUCUGCCAUGUUUGAAACAUAUUGAUCCACCAUAUAAAUUAGUUGGUGCUUUCUGAUAGACUUUUCUACCGCUGCAAAAUCUCUAUCUAUCAGAGUCUAAGAAGGUAUGUCCUACUUCAGGGAACUUUUUGAACACUCCAGAGAUUAUUAGGUAGUGCCAUAGACAGACAGUAUAAACAUUUAUAUUUUUACCUGCCGAAUCACUCCAUGGAAUCAGAUGACGGAAGCCAUGCCUUGGUCCUUGAUAUUUUCCAAAAAGGCCAUAAGUGAGCUGCUUUGGUCCAGACGUGGAAAAAACCUUAACCAUUUGGUUGCUGUGUUGAUAUCAAAUGUAUUCCUAGAUUGUAGAGCCAUACUUGUCGUAAAUAUAAGGGUUUACCUGUAGAAAUUUUCGGCAAGAGAAGCGUUUUUUGUGUGUAACAUUUUUACAUUUGAAACGAAAACUGAAUUAACUCUUGAGUUAACACCUUUUUACCUAUAAUAAAAGAGUUAACACCUUUUUAAAUUUAUUAUUUAUUUAGUUUUUGAUAUAGUUAACACUUUUAUGAAUCUCUGUAUCUAACAACUGAGAGCCAUCUUUGGCCAGAUAGAUGUACUACCAAAAAAGCACCAUUUUAACACCUUUUUGCACGACAUCUUAAAUUCCGAAUAAAUUGAGUCAACACCUUUUUGCACCAAAGUAUUCAAUUGUUAGUUCUAUUACACUUCUUUAUCACAAGAAUCUGUUGUUAGUUUCGGUAAUCAGUUAUUGAAGGAAUGUACUGGAAUAGUACGUCAAAUGAUGAGUUUGGUAGUAUUAUUGAUUAACGUUAACCAAUAGAGGGCUGUGUGUGCUGUUCUGCUCCAUUCCAACAAGGUAGUGUUGUCGUUUUGCCAGUAAUUCUCUCUGUUGAACACAACAAAUUCGAAUAAGGGAGAGCCAAGCCUCUAUUUACAUUGCAUUGUUUGUCGUCAAAAUUGGGUAGUUUAAGUAAAUACUUUGGCUAAUUUGUCUGCCAUGGAUUAUCAGUGAUAACGUUGUAUUAGCAUAAUAAUACUGGCGGAAAGUUCUACCUUCAUUAGACUUGUGCUGCUCUUUGCAAAUUAUGCGUGAAAUAUCAUGUCCUGAAAUUAUCCUCAAUUAUCUGCAAACACCCACACUUUCAGAAAGUAACAAUAAUAAUACGAAUUUAUUGACGUCCGUCAAAAAUUUAACUUAUGUCAAGUCCACAUUCAGCCUUACUACAGACGGAUAUUUGGAGACAAACAAAAUAAAUCCUAGGAUUGUUCCUUCUACCUAGUCUGAAUUUCUUCGCUAAACAUAACAGUGCCAACUUGCUAAAACAUUACUCUCGUAUUAUUAUAAUCUUCUUCCUUUGACCUUGAACUCCUUCUUCCUUCCUUGAGUCUACGAAUAAAAAUGUAUAUGAAAAAAACACCCAUAAAACUUGACGCCUGACUGAGGGCGCAGCUAUUGCGCAUGCAUGUCCGCAUGAAUCUGCAGGUAUCUGUUUUUUUUUUAUAAAACUUAAUUUUUAUUAAUGAUAAAUAAUAGUACAACAGAUUACAGCAGGGUUGCCGGAUCUUAACCAAGUAAAGUGUCCAUAUGGCGAAUCUGUCAACGUACAGCGUUGCCAGAAUGUGUCCAGAACAACUACAAACAUCCCCCAGAAAUGCUAUUUUAAAAAAAAUCCCCUAAUCAAAGUUAAUUAAUGGAAAGGGGUAGGUCUGGUUCAAUGAUCGGGGGGAUGCUUUCUAUCCGCGAGACGUCUGAUUUUCCCCAGAGCAUUAUAUAAAAAAAAAAUAAGUAAAAAUCCCCUAAAUUUGGUGAAAAAUCCUCCAACAUGGCCACCCUGUCAAAGCAAUACUGGUACUCCAAGCGUCAAGUUAUAGCUAUAUAGACUCCAUGAUAAAAAUGUUAGACAAGGGAAGUGAUGACGGCAACGUCAGCUGUCAAACCUAACUGUUUCCAAACAUAUUUUUGAUAAAUUUUUAUAGGUUUAUAGGUAAAUUGUUUUCAAGUAUGGGUGUAUUUUGAUAUUACUUUCCAAACGUCGUCGUUUUCGCUAAGAUCAUUUUCCGUCGCUAAGAAUACAAUUAUGGGAGACGUGUGAAGGACUGAUUCUUGACUGCUUAGUGUCAUGUUUAAGAAUAAUUAUUUUUCAAAUGAAAAUGAAGUAUAUUUUUGUAACUAAAAAAAUUGCUCUGAUCCCAUUUGUCAACAUCGCUGUCAUGGUGAAAAUUCUAUGAGAACGUCGGAAUGGCUAUCUUUAGGUGGAAUACGUUAGUCAAUGUUACUAUAUUGAAAUUUGAUAGUAUUUUGAGACAUUUGUAUUUAUACAGUUUUUUAAUUUUCAGAUUGCUACUUGCUACAAUUUGCAGGCUUCUUUUUCCUUCUUGUGUUGCAAUGUAUUGCUACUUUAAUACACAAAAUAAAUUUUGAUAUCG